AUGAGACUCCCAUUAGCAUCUAUAAGUGGGUUGAGAUGCAUACGCCCACAGGGAAGCAUAUUUAACUUUUUCAAGCCAUCGAUUUUCAGGGUACAACAAUCAUCGUACAGUACUGAACAAUCACCUCAACAAUCACCAAUCUACUCUCUUGACCGUAACACCGGUAAGCAUAUAUUGUCUAGAAAGACAUUCUUGGUGGAUUAUUACAAAUAUUUGAAUGAUACAAAUGAGAUAGUUUUAUAUGUUCACCAUAAUAAUUUAAUUAAAUCUGAAAAUAAAAAAUUUAGAUCAGAACUUAAUAAGGCAGGUGCCAAGUUGAACAUCAUCAGAAACAGUAUUUAUAAUGUUUACUUGAGAUCUGAACACGAAAAAGAUCCAGCAGACUUAGAAACAUCGAAAAGAAAUAGAGACGUUGUUCAUCCUUUCUCGUCAUUAUUAAAUGGACCGACCGGUAUUAUCACCAUACCAAAAUGUGAUCCACAAGCCGUUACUCAGGUUUUGAAACUCCUUAAGUCGGCUCAUGAAAAGUUGAUUUUAAUCGGUGCUAAAAUUGAACAAAAAGUGUACGAUAUAGACCAAAUUGAUAAAUUCAAGGACUUACCAUCUAAAGAAGCCCUUCAAGGACAAUUGGCAGGUUUAUUAACUGUUUUAGGUGGUGCUGGUUUAGUCAGAACCUUAGAGGCUUCUAGUAAUGUUUUGUACUUGACUUUAGAAGAACGUCGUAAGGACAUAGAUCCAAGUGAAAAGGAAGAUAAAUAA